AUGUUAACCCUGUUUGAUAUUAUUCCUGUGUUCACCGAUAUGCUCAUAUUCAGUACAAUGGAAGAUAUUACUCCAAUAAAGGAUAUUGACUCAAUCAAGGAAGAUUUCACAAUUAAGGUUCGCAUCAUACGUCUUUGGACUCAAAUGUCAAAAUUUGAUGCAAAUGACACAUACUCGAUUGAAAGUAUUCUGAUGGAUGAGGAGGGAAGAAAAAUUCAUGCAUCUUGUCUGAAGAAAUGGUUUUCUAGAUUUGAGCGUUAUUUAAAAGAGGAUACUUCAUUAUACAUCAGGAAACCUAAUGUUGCACCAAAUACUUCAAGAUUUAAUUUUGGUGAUCCGGACAGAAAACUUACUUUAAAUCCCUAUACAACUGUGAAAGAGUGUGAAAACUUUUCUGGUUCUGCACAUGACUUUGCUUUUGUUGACUUCAAUACUAUUUUUUCUAACAACAUCCUGGAGUCAAACUCUAUUGAUAUUAUUGGACACGUUUUUGAAUAUGGGCGUAUUGAUACUUCGGAACAGGAUAGAUCAAAACACAAGAUGCUCAUGCAUCUUCAAGAUAUAGAGGAUACUAAGCUUAAGGUAACUUUGUGGGGUCAUAAUGCUUGCUACAUGCAUGAUUUUCUUGUCAACAAUAACAACUUUGCUCCAAUUGUUGUUAUUGUUCAAUUUGCCAAAGUGAAGUUUAUUAAUGGUCGUCCUUUUACAUCCACCUACUUUGAUGUUAGUAGAUUGGUUUCUGAAAAUGGACAACGACUUUCAUCAAGUGAAAUCAAGAUGAUGAAAUCAAAACAAGACACGGAACACGAUGACUUUGUAAAAAAUCAUCCGUUUUCAAAUAUUGAUGAUGUGUUUGAACCUUUGGAGGAAAAAACAGUCAUUAUUGUUGGUACUGUUAAGAGAAUCCGUCAAAACAUACGUUGGUAUUACCUCGCUUGUAGCAACUGCAAAAUGUCAGCAAAACAAAAAGAAUCUUUUACUGAUAAGGUUGAUGGUUCUCAUGAAGUGGCCGAAAUUGUUACUUAUGCAUGUACUAAUCCUAUAUGCAAAAAUGUGAAGAAUUUGGGUUAUUCCAAGCUUGGCAUCAGUACGAAUUUGUAUCCAAUAGAGUUGAAAGUUGUGGUAGACAAAAAAUUGGCAAUUAAACUUGAUAUCACAUGUUACAAUGUCAAUAAUAAAAGUAACAUUUAUGGGAUAUCAAGGUUAACUGAGAAUACAGACAUAAUUGAUGAAAUUGAAAGAAAGAAUCAUAUUGCACAGUCUGGUAAUUGUGAUUCAUUCAUGAUUGGUUCUUCAGAUAUUUGUUCCCAAGAGACCAAAGUUGUCAAGACACGUGAAAAUGUAACACCGUGUGCUAGGGACAACUCAACUGCAACAAGUCCUAUAAAGUUCAUCUCUACACCAACUGAGCUGAAAAGAAACCUUGCUACAUGCAUAGAUUUUGAUGAAAUGGAGAAUUUGUCAACUUCUAAGUCUGCUCGAUUGUCACCACCAGAUGAACAGCCACAGCCCCUUUUGGUCCCAAAGAAAGAAAAGUAA